AUGACCACUAUAAGGGCUAACGUUAGAAGGAAUGGGGAAGACAAUGUGGAUCAAGAAGUUCCUCAUCAAGCUCCAAUUCACCAUUUGGAAGAGAAAGUAACAAAUGAGAAGUUUAGGUUUGGUGUUCAAAUGUUGGCUCAGGUUGGGAUAGAAACUCUGGAAUUUUAUGGGUCAAAAAUAGAGGAAGAUCCUCAAGAGUUUAUAGAUAAAGUCUCUAAGGUGUUGGACUUUGUGGGAGCGACUCCGGUAGAGAAGGCGGAGUUGGAUUCUUACCAACUCAAUGGGGUUGCUCAAGUUUGGUUUAAUCAGUGGAAAGAUACUAGACCGAUAGGAAUGGGUCCCAUAGAGUGGGAAAGGUUCAAGAGUGCUUUUCUAGACAGGAAUCGACAAAGGUCUUCUGGACAAGAUUACUCCAAUGUUCCUAAGUAUAAUGAUGAUAGGGUGUCUAGUCCUAAAUCGCAAGGAAUUAGUAAUGAGUCCCUAUGGCCUUUUCGUGCUAGGUUUGAUAGGAGACAUGUGGGUAAAUGCCUAGCGGGUUCCAAUGUUUGCUUCGGUUGUGGUGAGUUAGUCCAUAAGAUAAGGCAUUGCCCUACGGUUGCUAGAAAUGAAGGGAAUAGUCGUCGUAGGUCUCAACCUUACCUUUCAUCUGGUCCAAUUUGUUCUGGUGUGAAUGCCCCAAAGCAAAUUAGGUUCUAUGCUCUCUAA